CCCUGAUUUUACUUACAGAUUAUGCAAGGCGUUAUAAUUAGUCAAAAUCUCGAUAUUGUAAUCUAGUUAGAUAGUCUUUCAUCCAAAUAUCAAUAUUACAAAAUGCUAUUUGGAAAAAUUAUUUUUAUUGUCAUUUUAUGUUUCUUUCGCGUAAUUCACUCGUUGAAAUGUUUAUCUACUUCCCCAACUAUACUAGAAAUUGACUGUGGACAAGAAGAUGAUGUAACAUGCUUACGAAUAGAGGCUGUAGCAGGUAUUUCCACAGUAAGUUCGAUUCUUGACUUGAAGGUAGCAUUUGCAAAUUGCUCUACAACAGCUUUCUGCGACACGUUAAAUUGUACAUCUUAUGCGCCUGAGGUUAUUACUGAACAAAUUGGAUCUAACCCACUUGGAUCUUAUAUCAUCAAAAGUUGCGAAUAUGAAUGUUGUUCAACGGACAGCUGCAACAAUGCAACAAUUGCCAGUAUGACUAAUGAACAGACCACAACACCCACUGAUAUUGCAACGACAUCUAAUGGCCAUUCAGUGUUUAUGCAAACUCGACUGCUUGCACAGAUUCUUACGUAUUAUUUGUUACGUCUGAUUGUAUUGAAUAAUAUUGAAAAGUAAAGUAUAAAUGACAGUCUUUUUU